CUCCCUGAAUUUGAGUGGGGCGGACCACGGCCCGUCCCUUGUCACAGCCAAUGACAGUGCGUGGGGCUCCUGGGUCAAUACGAGCGUACUCAGGUAGCGUCGUGUAGGAUUGCGGCACAGCUUGAGCCAUCAAAUCAUGAACGCUCAUGAGACGCUUCUGCAGGACUUUCGGCAAGUAGGAAAGUGCGACGCGCCAGAAGUCAUACGGCACAAGCUUGGCAUACCUGAACGAGCAAUAGCACGCUCGAAUGACCCUGAUACUUGGGACCCAGUAUGUACAGGAGCAGUAUGUGAACGAUGCUCUGCCCUGUGAAGUGUCUUGUGAGUGACAUUGUGAUAUUUUCGAGGUUUGUCGCUGCUCCUUUCCGCUGACAUGAAUGAUUAUCGAAAAGUCCUCAAUGUUGUUGGGUGGACGCUGGUCUCAUUCUCAGCCAUCUUCGUCUCAGCGCGAUCAUAUACACGCGCACGAGUCGUGACGACGACUCUGGGCUGGGACGACUGGUGUAUGAUUGCUGGCCUGAUCUUCGCUGUAGUGUGUACAUCGCUCGUAACAGCCGGCACUGCGCACGGCCUUGGACAACAUGUAUGGGACAUCAGCGAUCCAGAAGAUCAGGCUGUGGCUACUAUGUACGUGCUGUUGGCGCCUUGCUUCUCCAUCGUCAGCGCCUUCUUCACGAAAGCCUCCAUCAUCAUCGCACUAAUGAGAAUCCGAGGACACACGGCGCGUCUAUCGCACAAGUGUAUCGCGUACGCCCCUCUGGUCGUCCUACUGAUCGGCUCCACACUCUCAUGCUCUGUCAUGAUUUUCUUUUGUUCGCCCGUACAGAAGUCCUGGAGACCGCAGAUUGAGGGCACAUGCUUGAGCCCCGCAAUGCUGGAUGUUGUCGGAAAGUCGGUCUCAGUGUAUAACGCGAUGAUGGACGUCUUUUGCGCCAUAAUGCCGUACUUCAUCAUAAGGACUUUGAACAUUCCUCGAAAGGACAAGCGAAAUCUUGUAAUACUGAUGGGUGGUAGCAUCCUUGGCACAUUCGCAACCAUCAUGAAGAUCGUAGCAAUGGGCAGCAUCUCCAAUGUCGCGGACAUGACACACUCUUGGUCAGAGAUAACGAUCUGGUAUCUAACCGAGAACAAUGUUCUCAUGAUUGCUGGAUGUUUCCCUGCCCUGCGGCCGUUCUGGCGUGUUGUGAUUGGCAAAUACAGCUCGUACCUCUCGUCGAACGCAUCACGCAAAAAUCCUCCACGAGGCGAAAACGGACAAUCGACCGAAGACAAAGAGCUGCAAGUGUACACGGUGGGAUCCCGGCCCAAGUUUGGGAAGAAACCCAAUCUGUAUUCGACAACGAUCCGCGUCAGUAGUGAAGAAAGGUUGUGUCCCAGAUUAGACGGAACUUCUGUGGAGACCAUCGAGAGGAUCCUGCACAACCAUGGAGACGAGCGCUUCGAGCGUCAGGCCUGCAUUGCCAGCACUCGGACAGGUGGAAUAUCGCCCAGCGAUUGCACGAAAAUAACAGUUACCAGUGAGGUAGAGAUCAAGUGA